AUGAAAGCUGUGGUGAGUAAAUUGCAUUGUUCUUCGAUGGAGGAGGUGAUGGUGGUGAGACGGAGGCCACAUGUGGUUAACGGCGGUGGCUUCGUCGUCACAGAUUGUAGAGAGAAGAUUAUUUUCAAGAUUGACGGUUGUGGAGUUAUUGGUAUCAGUGGAGAGUUAGUUCUUAGAGAUGGUGAUGGUAAUAAUUUGCUUCUCAUCCAUAAAAAGGGAGGAAUGGUGCAGGCUCUAAGCAUUCAUAACAAGUGGAGAGGCUAUAGUUACGACUAUCAAGGAAGCCCUAAACCGGUUUUCACAUUUAGAGAUCCUAAGCAAUAUUGUUUCUCCAUUACCGGAUACAUCCGCAUCUCCGUCCAACAGGGGAGCUGCUACUUUGAUGUGAGAGGGUAUUUCCCGGAUAGGGAUUGUAACAUCGUGGAUUCAACCGGAAAUAUCAUUGCUCAGGUAAAAGAUUGGAGUGGGAGCAAAGAUAUAUACUCGGUGGUGAUAAAAGCAAAUGUUGAUAAAGCUUUUGUUUUCGGAGUAAUCGCCGUUCUUGACUAUAUCUAUGGCGAAUCUACAAGCUGUUGA